AUGGCUCCCGUGGCCGGCGCCCAUGCCGCUGUCGGGGGUUUCCUGGGUUCUUGGGAAGGCUUGGCCCAGCCGCCGCUGGGCGCGCCCUUCUUGCUGCCCCCAGCUGGGCAGGGCCCCAGACCGCGGGCGCCCCUGCUGGGCCCUCGGGGCGGUCCCGGACCUGGCCUCGGCCCAGGGGCGCCCGCGGACUUUGCUCACCUGCAGGGCGUCUUGCGACGGAGGCAGCUGUAUUGCCGGACCGGCUUCCACCUGCAGAUACUACCCGACGGCCGUGUGCGGGGUACCCGGCGGGACCACAGUCUCUUCGGUAUCCUGGAGUUCAUCAGUGUGGCUGUAGGACUGGUCAGCAUCAGAGGUGUGGACACAGGUCUCUACCUGGGAAUGAAUGACAAAGGAGAACUCUAUGGAUCUGAGAAACUGACUUCUGAGUGUGUCUUCAGGGAGCAGUUUGAAGAGAAUUGGUACAACACAUAUUCGUCCAACAUACACAAACACGGGGACUCAGGCCGCAGAUUCUUUGUGGCCCUCAACAAAGAUGGCACUCCACGGGAUGGAUCCCGGUCAAGGCGCCAUCAGAAGUUUACCCACUUUCUGCCCAGGCCGGUGGACCCAGAGCGAGUGCCCGAGCUCUAUAGGGAUGUGCUGCUAUAUAGCUGAAUAAGGGCUUUGUGACCUUAUGGGUUGUCUUCUUCAACAUUGCUGUUUCAGUGGCCUAUAAGCCUCCUCCAUCACCCCAGCUUAAAGAGUGUGGAUUGGGAAGGAUGGGCAAGUGAAGAUCUUUUGUUCUUUUGUUUUUAUUUUUUCUUUGCCCAAAUCUGGUUUUAGGAAGAUGAAGCCCACUCUGUAGCUAUGGAUUUAAGCUCCAUUUUGAACUGUUAAAUGAUAGUUAAUUGAUUCUUGACUAAGGUUGAAACCUGACUGACUCUGCUUGCCUGUGGGCGCCUAAUCUCCCUGGAUCAUGUUUACCUUGAGAGUGGGAUGAGAAGUAAUGACUUUAGAUAUUACAGAAGAGAGUAUUGGAAAAAUAGGUGAAAACGAUUUGCCACAAAUCUUAUUUUUUGACCUCCAAGUAUGACAUAGGACUUGGACCCAUGAGAGUUGUGGAUGGAACUGGAUCUCCAAUCAGACCACCAACCUGGAAAAUGGUUUUGCUAUUCAGUUUUGGAUGGACUAUUUAUACAUUUUCAAAUUUCGUAUAUUUAUUUUAUAUAUUUAUUUAUUAAAGAAUUUAUUUUUUACUGGGAUAUGAAGACAAUGCAAAAAAAAAUGCAGAAACCAGAUGUCCAUUGACUGGAAUGCUAUGUUGUAGAGUUAUGGACUCCAGGAUUGUGGAGUCUUGGGUUGUAAUGCUGAUGCCUUGUACAACCCAUCCAGAAGAGCAUCAUGUCUUGAAUUUCAUUUUUGAAAAAUAAAAAUAUAGAUUAGGUUAUAUUUUUAUGCACAUGCAGUUGCCUUAUUGCUGUAUUGUUUUGAAAAUUUUGGCUCUAGGGCGCCUAGAAUGCCUUAACAACUUGUAUUAAACUCGAUGCACAUUUGAAAGGGAAUUAAAAUGUUUUUC